GCAAGUUGCAAGAUGUGUUCUUAACUUCUUAUAUAACUAAAACACACAGACAGGGCCGCAGGGGUGUUCACUUGUUACCAGAACAAAUAACUGAAGCAAUCUCCAUAGAUCAGAGUGCUAUAGGCGUCCAGGGACAGGGCAGAGCUCUGAACUAAGUACCCAAAGAGCAACCAAGAACAUAACGUUAGCCCACUAGUGGCUCGGAGACACCGGCCAGCUGAAAACACCCAGGCAUGAAGGUCCUGCCGAUUUAUCUGACCGUAUCAUGGUUUCCAGCCAAGGAGAAUGAAAGUGCGCUCGGUACAUCUUGGGCUUGUUGGUCUUCUACUUGUAUUGGCGGCACAGGAGGCCCCUGCUAUUGCGGUUCCUGGCCCUCAAUGCCAAAAGCAGUGCGGUGGUGUUGACAUCCAUUACCCAUUCGGCAUCGGUGACAACUGCUCGCGGUCAGGCUUUAACGUCAGCUGCCAGGAGGUCCAAGAUGGCGUCUACAAGCCAUUCCUCGGUGAUUUUGAGCUGCUCAACAUUUCCUUGAUCCAUGGCACCAUCCGGGAGCUGAACCACAUCUCGACAUACUGCUACAACUCCUCCGACGGUGGUUUCAUGAGCAGUAGUACUUGGUCGUUCGACGCGAGCAAUACCCCGUUCCGGUUUUCGGACGUCCACAACAAGUUCACCGUCAUAGGGUGCAAUACCCUCGCCUACAUCGUGGACAACACCGACAAGGGCUACCAGAGUGGGUGCGUCUCAACGUGCCAGAAUUUGUCAGACCUAGCGGACGCAUCAUCCUGCUCCGGCUUGGGCUGCUGCCAGACAGACAUACCCAAGGGGAUGGGCUUCUAUAACGUAAGCUUCGACCGUGGCUUCGACACAAGCCAGAUUUCGAGGUUGGGCCUCGGCGGUUGCAGCUAUGCCGUGCUGAUGGAGGCGGCGGAGUUCAAUUUCAGCACCACGUACAUCAACACGACAGAUUUCAACGACACGAAAAUUGGGAGGGCACCAGUGGUGAUGGACUGGGCGAUAAGAGAGGGGACAUCCUCGUGUGAGGUCGCCAAACGGGACGACAGCACUUACGCGUGCCUCAGCAGCAACAGCAAAUGUGUGGUUUCACCCAAUGGGCCAGGGUACCUGUGCAACUGCUCCAAUGGGUACGAAGGCAACCCAUAUCUUCCGGAUGGAUGCCAUGAUGCUGAUGAGUGCAAGAACAGUCCAUGCCCUUCAGGAGGUGCUUGCCACAACACUGUAGGAGGGUACAGGUGUUCUUGUCCAGUAGGAAGGAAGUUUAACCAGCGAAGCAAUACGUGCGACCCUGAUACCACAUUAAUAACAGGAGUCGCAAUCGGCUUUUUUCUUGUCGUAAUUUUCUCCUCCUUCGGAUACAUGAUUCUUCAGAAGAGAAAACUGAACCAAGUUAAGCAAGAACAUUUUCGACAACAUGGAGGCAUGAUUUUGUUUGAGAGGAUGAGAUCAGAAAAAGGUCUUGCUUUCACGGUAUUUAGUGAAGCUGAACUUGUAAAAGCUACAGACAACUACGAUAAGAGCAGAAUAAUUGGAAAGGGAGGUCAUGGGACGGUCUACAAAGGGAUAGUUAAGGGCAACAUGCAUGUUGCAAUUAAGCGAUGUGCACUUAUUGAUGAAAGGCAAAAGAAAGAAUUUGGGCAAGAAAUGCUAAUACUCUCCCAAAUCAACCACAAGAACAUUGUCAAACUCGAGGGCUGUUGCCUCGAGGUGGAAGUUCCAAUGUUGGUCUAUGAGUUCAUCCCAAAUGGAACACUGUAUGAACUUAUCCAUGGCAAGAACCAAGCAUUACAGAUCCCCUUCAGCACCCUAUUAAGGAUUGCUCACGAAGCAGCAGAGGGACUCAAUUUCCUCCACUCAUAUGCAUCUCCUCCGAUCAUCCAUGGUGAUGUGAAGAGUGCCAACAUCCUUCUUGACAGUAACUACAUGGCGAAAGUGUCAGAUUUUGGAGCCUCCGUACUAGCCCCAUCCGACAAAGAGCAAUAUGUCACAAUGGUUCAAGGAACUUGUGGAUACCUCGACCCUGAAUACAUGCAGACAUGCCAACUGACAGAGAAAAGUGACGUCUACAGCUUUGGUGUUAUCCUUCUUGAGGUCCUCACUGGCCAAGAGCCUCUCAAGUUGGAUGGGCCUGAGAAGCAAAGAAGCCUAUCAUCAAAUUUCUUAUCCGCUAUGAAGGAGAACAAUCUUAAUGCGAUCUUGCCGAGUCACAUGAAGGGACAAGAGAGCAAUGAACUGAUCAGAGGGCUUGCAGAGCUAGCCAAGCAAUGCCUGGACAUGUGUGGCAGCAACAGACCAUUGAUGAAGGAGAUUGCCGAUGAGCUUGGUCGAUUGAGGAAGCUUUCGCUGCAUCCUUGGGUACAGAUCAAUGCAGAGAUGAUAGAGACUCAAAGCCUUCUUAGUGGAACACCAACUGCUAGCUUUGAAAUAGAAGCCGGUACAACUGGGUAUCCUACACAAGAAGGUGAGAACCUGCCCAUGAACCCAAGAAGUUCGUACUAUGCUAGGUGAUUAGCAAAUGUUGUAGUGUAUUCCAUUGGAACUUCUACUGCUGGGACAUCUGCGAGCUAGUUGUUCUAUCAUCUAAUGUGUAUAUACUGUUACAGACACAAAGCUCUGCCUAUCUUUACCCAUUCAAGUAUGUAUAUGUGUUUCUGCGAAGCAUGUCAGCAACAUAUAAUACUCUAUGACAAUAAAUUUUAUAAGUUGUUUCUUUAGAUAAGUUUAUACAUCUGAAACAUUACACAUGUCAA